AUGUCGAAUUCCGGAUACAAUCUAGAUGAAAAUGAUGUUUGGGCAGCAUGGGGGAAAACGUGUUUGUCUGCGGGGUCGUGGGGAGAAGCCCGUGAAAAAUUUUCACAUUGUUUAUUUUCCCAACCCGUCAAACCGAUCAAAAAUCCUCCCUUACUCGAUGAAAUUUGCCGGAUAUUGGAAUCUCCAUCGUCUUUUAUUAAAAUCAAAGGUUCGCAAAUGCCAUCGGACAAAGACAACGCAACCGCUCAAGAAGUUUUAUGUAUUUUAUCAACGUUGAAACCCAUUUCGCAAAAGAAAUCGAUCAAUUUAUCGUCGUCGUCAUUCAAACAAUCGAUUCAUUACAGAGAAGAAAUUUUUUAUUUGACGUCAUACGGAAGUCAUCGAUCCUUGCUGUUGUUUUACGUCAGGCACAACGAAAUAAAAAAAGCUUUGAGUUAUUUAUUGGACCAUCAACUCGAACCUAAUUUUUUCCUCGAUAAUAUUAUGCUUCCGGCUUACAGAUUGAACCUGCACGAAAAAUUUAAAUCUAAUCUUUUGUCAUUGGAUUCGUCUUUGGAAUCUUUCAAGAAAUAUUUGUCUUACUCGUGCGUAUCGCUGCAAAAAAUGAAAUUUUUACACACUCUCUACGAUCUUCAAAUACUCAUGCAAGAUUACAUACGUGCCGCCGUCACGUGUAUUCACUUAUAUCAGGAAAAGGCUACGAGUUUUACGGAUUUAUCGACGAGAUGUAAUUUUUUACACGCGGCAUUGAAAAAUUUGGAAGAAGAAUUGACAAUUCAGAAUAGAAAAAAAAAUAAUAAAAGAUUGGACAUAGUAAUGAAAAUGAAUCAAAAAAAUAUAAACUGUCACAUAAAAACAAUAUGGCGUCAAUUGGAAUCCGUUAAAUUUUUAAGCAAUUGCGAAAAAAAUGAUAAAUUUACGGUUAAUGAUAUUUUUCCAAACGAAAUAACGAACGAAAAUGAAAUCCCGACAUUAUUCGAUGGAAAACGAGAGAAAAUCGUACUCGUGAAAAUGAUCAUUUUCCUCGGGAAAAAUAUUUCCGAAGGUUUCGGAAUUGGAUUCAAGAUCGUACAGGAUAAUCAAUUGGAUUUCAAAUCGAUUUGCAUUCAAUUGUGUGAAAAAUUAGCAGAGGAUAUGAGGGGAGACGACAUUAAAGAAUUGAUCGAUUGCGUUAAAAAUACAGGAAUCGUUAAUAUUAACGUUAUAAUUGACGAAAUGAUAAGUUUCGCCAUUCCGAAAUUAAUUGAAAACGAUGUUGAAUUAUUUAAAAUCGAACCGUUUUUCAAUAUUAUUAAAAAUUUAGAUUUGAGGUUUGCCGAGGGAUUCCCGAAUAUAUUUCAGCUUUGGAAAAUGAUAGAAUGA